AUGGAUCCCACCAAACCCAACUCUCUCGACACUUCACCGUCCGCUUCUCAAACCAACAACACCAAAACUUUCGCAGAAACCACAGCAAACAUACAAUUUCCAAAAAAAGACCAAGAGCAAUCGUUUUUAACUCUAUUGAAGAUGUCCCUCAAAUUGAGUAUAUUAAAGCCUUCAGUCAACUUACUUCACCAACCAACAUCACAUUCGCAUCUAGAAUAUCUAAUAAUAGAUUUUGCAUUUACUUUACAAAUAAAAAUAUUGUCGAACAAAUAA